ACCGUCACUCUCUCAUCCUCCUGCACAGCGGCGGUCGCGCCUUGUUGUGCUAGCUUCCAUGGCGAGCGACCAGAAAGGGCAUUUCUAAUGUCGACCAGCCGGUUAGCUCCCGUCAGCGAGCUAACGGGUGUUCUGCGAAAUGGGAUGAUGUAGCUGAACAACUCGUCGGACAAACCGAACAGUACUUUAGCGUGCUAAGCUAACGUGCAGAUCCGCACACACACACAUCGAUAACCGUGGAGGUAAGCGCCAGCGGAGCGGGCUAACGGCUGUAAGCUAACGGGAGCUAGCGUUCACCUGCGGGCUGUCCCGGCUAACUGACGCUAACUGGCUUCACCGUUGCCAGCCAACAGGAUGGAAAGUGUGAAGGAAAACCAGCCGGAAGCGCUUUCAACUUCUUCAGCGCCACAACAGGGGGUACCCGAUGCCAGCAGUGACAGUAAUUCCGCGAAGCCAAGCGGGUUGUCGUUGACAACGCCGUCUGCGGGCAAGCGACCCUCAAUCGGGGAGGAUGAUGGCGGGGGCGCGGAAACGAAACUCUUCGGGAAGGGACUCGCGGCCACCUCCCUGCUGCAGAUUGCGAUCAGGAACGGAAUCUACCAGAAUCAAGUUGCCAACGCGGUCGGCGGUGCGACCAAAAGCCAAACCAAAACUGCCAACAUAUACAGCCUGGCAUCGGUCAACAGCACCACCUCUGUCAACUCCAUGCUGAGCCGCAGACGGCAGAGACACAAGAGGAAUCUGUCUCUGGGGGCUCCGCCGACCAGCGGCUCGCCCGGCGCCUCCUCCGGCGAGGCGGCCGGUCCCGCUCCCACGGCGUCGCCGCUGAGCACCCUCAGCCUGGACCGGAAGACGUUCCUCCGGCAGAAGCAGUCGAAGCAGCUCCAGGCCUCGGACAAGACGUGGGUGAGAUCGGACUCGCGGCGCGGCUGCAUACACGUCCACGACUGGCUCACGCCCUCCUACCCCCGGCCGGUGCUGUGCACGGUGGACACCACCGCUGCAGAGGUCGCCGCUAGGCUGGGAGGCAGCAAAGCGGGGGCCGUGCUGAGACUCAACGGCAAGACUGCCGCUGCAGUGGACCCGAGCGAUCGCUGUAAAGGCAGCAAUGGACAUUGCGACGAAAUCGGGGCGGAGGUCAAAACCCGGGAAGCGGAGGACAACGAGCACACGAAGGCGCACUACACUGACGCCAAACUGUUGGAGGAUCAAACCGCGAGUAACUCUUCGUCAGAGGUCUACCUCGAUGACAUCGGGGUGGAUCUGAGCCUGAGCGCGGCGGACUCCUACGGGGUCUACUCCGGUUCGGACAUGGAGAGCAGCACCUGUGACGACUUCAGCCCGGGCGGGCCCCGAAGCACAGAGCUCAGCGACGGCCCGGCUCUGGGGACGGACUCCUCCGCGCUGAGCCCGACCGGCGACAGCGCCACGGAGGGGCCCGACCCCUUCGAGAGCUCCUCGGACGAGGUGGAUCUCACCUCUUCCCCGACGCACCCGACCGACCGCUGCGCUGCCGACCCGCCCCCCGGAGACGCCCGCAGCGCUUCCAGCCAAGUGACAGCGGCACUGGGUGAUGCCGGAGCGGGGGGUAACUCCAUCGGACCUCCGUCUAAAUGCCCCGGCAGCUCCCAGUCUCGGCCGCUGUCCAGCCAAGCGUCGGAGCGGCCUGACCCGCAGGUCACCCCGGGCGAGGGCACGGGCUGGCCGGACCCGGUUAUCGCUAGUCCCACCCCGGCCCUCUUCGUCCAGCUGCACGGGGGAGCCGUGCGGAGGCUCGGGGACGAUGAGAGGCCUCUUCACAUAUUCAACGAGUACCUCACGAAUCUGGGAUUCGAAGACCCAUGGAGGGUGCAGGGGGAGGGGAUGAAUCCAGAAGUUGGCUGCCUGAUCCGCUUCUACUUUGGCAAGCCUCGGAGUGUGGGUGGCUCUGAGCGUGUGCAGAUCUCGGGGGUGUUCAACGUGCGGAAAGGGAAGCUGGCGCUGCCGGUGAACCGCUGGUCGAAGCGGCAGGUCACGCUGAGUGGAACCUGCCUCAUUGUCUCAUCUGUGAAACACGCCCACACGGGCAAGAUGCACAUCCUCCCUCUCAUCGGAGGAAAGGUGGAGGAGGUGAGGAGACACAGCCACUGUCUGGCUUUCAGCUCAGCAGGUCCACAGAGUCAGACCUACUACAUCAGCUACGCCUCGUAUACAGAGCACCUCCGGUGGCAGAGGACGGCCUCAAAGAUUGCCUCCCAGAGGGUGAACUCAGUCGACCUGUCGGGCUGCAGCUUGGAGGAGCUGCCUGCUCAGCUUUUUUACAGCCAGGACCUUACUCAUCUCAAUCUCAAAAACAACUUCCUGUCCCUGCACAAAGGUGUUCCAGCGCUCACCAGGUUUUGUAAGCUGAGAAGCCUCAGUCUGUCAAAUAACACUCUGGCCGACUUCCCCCUGGCCUUAUGCGACAUCACCUCGCUCACAGAGCUCAACUUGUCUGGGAACCGCCUCUGGUCUCUGCCCGCCGAAGUAGGAGCCAUGCACAACCUCCAGACUCUUCUCCUGGACGGGAACUCUCUGGCUUCUCUACCCGUGGAGCUGGGCUCCCUGGAAGGCCUGACCUACCUCGGCUUGUCCUUUAACCGCUUCCACUGCGUCCCCCCCGUCCUGGAGAAACUGCGAGGCUUGGAGAGACUCUGUCUGGCAGGGAACCAGCUGUCUGUGCUGGAUAUGGCAGGACUGCAGUGGCUGCCUGCUCGCCACAUAGAUCUCAGGCUAAACUGGCUUCAGAAGGUGACGGUGGGCGACGCGGAGCAGCUGGUCCACAUCGUCCAGCUGGACCUGAGGGACACGGGGCUGCAGGAGCUGGAUGUCACUGCUCUCAGGAGGCUGGAGCUCCUCCGCUGUGACCGAAACACUCUGUCCCUCCUCAGAGUUAAUGGCCACGCCCUGAAGAGCCUGCACGCUGCACACAACGAGCUGAAGCUGCUGGAAGUGGAGCCGGUGCCAGAGAAUCUGUCUGUUGUGGAUUUGUCCUGGAACUCGCUGGAAUGUGUCCCCGCCUGGGUGUGUGAGAGCAGCGGACUGGAGGUGUUGGACAUCAACCACAAUGAUGUGAUUGAGCUGCCGGCACAGCUGCUGUCCAGUGGGAGCCUGAGAAAGCUGCUGGCGGGCUGGAACCAAGUGUGUCGGCUGGCGGAGCGGCUGGAGAGGUCGCAGCUCGAGGUCCUGGACCUCCAACACAACCAUCUGACUGAGCUCCCACACAACCUGUUCAUCAAGGCACAGAGCUUGAAGUACCUAAAUGUGUCGGCAAACAAGCUGGAGAGCCUCCCUGCAGCGAGCCUAUCAGAGGACAGCUUCAGCAGCCUGGAGGAGCUGUAUGUGACCAAUAACCGCUUGACGGACAAGUGUGUCCCUCUGCUGACGGGGCACAGCCACCUGCGGGUGCUUCAUCUGGCCUACAACCAGCUACAGACGUUCACUGCCAGUAAACUGGCCCGACUGGAGCAGCUCGAGGAGCUGGACCUGAGCGGCAACCGGCUGAGGGCCGUGCCCACCACCAUCCUCAGCUGUCAGCGCAUGCACACGCUCUCCGCCCACUCCAACUGCAUCAACGCCUUCCCCGAGGUGCUCCAGCUGCCCGAGAUCAAGUUUGUCGACCUGAGCUGCAACGAGCUGACCGAGGUCACUCUGCCGGAGACCCUCCCUCAGAAGCUCCAGGAGCUGGACCUCAAAGGCAACCCUCGCCUUACCCUGGACCACAAGAGCCUGGAGCUUCUCAAUAACAUCAAAUGUUUCAGGGUGGAUCCGUCGCCCUCAGCUCCGUGUGUGAGUGAGAGCCACGGGGCCCCGUCGGUUUGGAGCCACGGCUACACCGAGGCCUCUGGAGUCAAAAACAAGCUGUGUGUGGCCGCUCUGGCUCUCGACGGCUUCUGCGGGAUCCGCGAGGCUCUGUACGGAGUUUUCGACGGCGACAAGAACGUGGAGGUGCCUUACCUGCUGCAAUGCACCAUGGGGGACGUGCUGGCGGAGGAGCUUCACGGGGGCCAGAGGCAGGGGGAUUACAUGACCAACACUUUCCUCACCAUGCAGCGGAAGCUGGGCACGGCGGGUCAGAGGAUGGGGGGCUCGGCGGCCUUGUGUCACAUCCGACACGACCCGGUGGCUCCCGGCGAGCGCGGCGGCUGCUUCACCCUGAAGGCCGCCAACGUGGGCCGGUGCCAGGCGGUUCUGUGCCGCGACGGCAAAGCGGUGCGGCUUUCCACCACGCACAGCGUCAAGGAGGGGCCCGAGUACCAGAGGGUCCGGCAGCACAACGCCAUCAUCACCGAGGAUAACAAAGUCGGUGGUAUAACGGACUCCACCCGGAUCAUGGGUUACUCCUUCCUGUGCCCGUCUGUGACACCCAGACCCCACGUCUCCACGGUGACCCUCACCCCACAGGAUGAGUUCUUCCUCUUGGGCAGCCGGGGCUUGUGGGACAUGGUGUCCCCCGGCGAGGCGGUGGAGGCGGUCCGGAACGUACCCGACGCUCUGGCUGCCGCCAAGAAGCUGGUGACCUUGGCCCAGAGCUACGGCUGCUCCGACAGCCUGAGCGCCGUCGUGGUGCAGCUCAGCAUCACCGAGGACUGUUGCUGUUUCUGCGAGCCGCCGCCGCCCCCUCCCAGCCCCGGCCCGGCCUCGCACACCAGCGUGCACGCCUACUCUGCGAGCGCGCCGCUGCCGCUGGCCCCCUCGGGAACCGCGAGCGAGGCGAGCAGCGAGUUCAGCACGUCGGAAAUGAGCAGCGAGGUGGGCUCCACGGCGUCCUCGGAGGAGCCGCCGCCUCACGCCGACCCCCCAGCGGGUCACCCCAAUCUGCCGGGGCAAGGCGGCGCGCGGCGGCCGGCCUGCGCAGGCGGCAGCGGCUUCCGCAGGCAGUUCUCCGGGGCGCUGUCCGACAACGGGGUCGACAGCGAGGACGAGGAGCCCAUCGCCGGCGUCUUCUCCAACGGCAGCCGCGUGGAGGUGGAGGCCGACGUCCACUGUCUGCGCCGCCACGGCCGCCCGGCGCCCCAGACGCCCGCUCAACCGAGCACGAGCACCCCCGCCCCCGCCGUCGCCUCGCACCACGAGCCUGCGGCUCUUCCUCUCUCCUCCCCGUCCCCCUCUCCGGUCUCUCCCUCCUCUCCCUGCCUCAGCGGGGAGGCCCAGUCGGGGACUCUGGGCCGCAGGGCUCGAGCCAAUGGCUCGGUGGCCUGCCAGGGGAGGAGCCAGGACAUCAUCGAGGAGGCGGCCGACGCCCCCGUCAGGAAGCAGGGGGGCUACUUCAACGCUCCGGCCCAGCCGGACCCCGACGACCAGCUUAUCAUCCCGCCGGAGCUGGAGGAGGAGGUCCGGCAGAUCAUCCAGCAGCAGCAGCAGAUCCAAGCUCACAACCAGCCAGCUCACAGCUACCAGAAACCGGCGGACUAUUUCGUCACGCCCCUUUAACCGUAACCGAGGACUACCGGGGUUUGCCCGAUGGAGAGCGGUGCAGUCUGCUACGCUCUCAUUGAAUUACUGCUCCCUCCAAAAAGUGUUCUGUACAUGCUCCGGCACCAGAAGAACUGUGGUUUUUUUGUUAUUCACUUUAUUUUUUUACUGUUCACUCUAUGCCCCUUGAAACAUGAUGCAAUUUUUGAUACUAAACACUUUGUGUUGAUGAAACAUUAACAAUUGAUUCCUUUUUACCAUAUCUUUGAUUUGACGAAGCACUUUUUGCUUUUUAUUUGACUUUUGAGAUUCUAUGUUAACCGGUACUGUUGAGAUACGAACCCCUGUCUUUGUGUUGCAGCAGACAGUCCUCCUGUUUGUCGUGGCAGCCGACAGCCUCACAGUUGUCGAAGUUAGUAGAACUGUUAAAAACUAGCUCCUAGGAGUUAAAUACUUUAAAGUGACCUAGUCACUGACGCAUACUAAUAUUCUCUGAGAGAAAAGAUGAUAUGCCAUGUUUCUGUUCCCAGGGGCAGAUUGCAGAGUGGUGCUGCAGUGUAGAGUAAAUGCAGGGGGGGGGUGGGGGGCUCAGCUCAAUGAAUGUUCUCAGAACAAUGUUACAGACACCUGGAAAAUGGCAAAUCGCACAAGAGAGCUACUUUUACCAUAUAAUAAAUUAAAGUUUUCAGAUAA